AUGAGGACCUUGGGAUUGCUGGCCUGGGCGGUGCUCCGCACCUGCACCGGUGAUGUCCGUGAACCGAUGGUUAUUCUUGGUCCGGAGAAUUUUCCAGGAAGGCAUGCCCGCGUUCUUCAUUUGAUCAUGUUCUACUCACCGUACUGUGCUCACUGCCAGACUGUGGAGCCGCACCUUCUGGGUUUAGCCGAUGCUUUGCGGGGGGAGGAUGACAUCGUGGUCGGUGCGAUCGACUGCACCAACACAAGCAACCAGGCAGUUUGCCGUCAGCACAACAUUACUGGAUAUCCAAGCAUUUUUGCGAUCGGCUGGAGACACAUGGUCCAAUACUCGGGAGCGGCUUCGGAAUCGCAGAUUGUGUCCUGGUUCGACAAGGUGCGUAGCCGGCGGUCGAGUCGAUCGAGUGGCGGGAGUGUGGCAUGUCCCCGCGGUCUCUUUGAAAGGCGAAAAUCCGUCGUUCCGCUUUGUGUGGACCAUUAUCCGGACGACACGGCGAAGCAUCCCUGGCUAGUGGUGCUCUACAAGAUGCAGCAAGACCUCCAGGAGCCGGUCACGUCAGCUGCCAGAGACUUGGGCAGACAAGGCGGUAAGAAGCAGAGGGAACGGCUUCAACUCUUGGCACACCAGCACAACUUCGAAGUGAACGAAGCACACGUCGCUGCUCAGGGCCUGGAGACUGGAGAUGCCUUUGCGAAAGUCGGUGCGCUGUGCUGCGACUGCAGGCAGGACGAGAAAGUCUUCUGCAAGGACCUCCAAAAGUCCUGGCGGUCUCGAGGCUCGCCGCUAGUUCUCUGGGUGUCCAGAGACGGACAGGAGGUGCUGCAAAGUCCAGCGCGACUUCAGGACAUCACUGCCAGAGAGCUGGUCCGUUUCGCCUUGUCGCGCUUGGGAUAUGUCUCGACUAUGACCACGCCCAGACCCGGGAGCCAACCCCAAUCCGAGCUUUGA